AUGGACCUGAAUGCUCAACACCAGCACGCGUCCGUCCCGCACGAUGAGAAAACGAAAUUGGCAGCGGAACCGGACGAUGCAGCCCACCAUCUGCCGACUCAUGAAAGCGAUACACAUGCCAACCAUGGAACACUGCUUGGAAGAACGCAAAGAGCAUGGAAAGGCUUUGAGAGACAGCUCGUGGCGUACAACCUCGAGGCGCGAGGCAUCCAGCGCGUAGAGCCAGACGAGCGACAAGACCUGAGUUUAUUGGGCUAUUCCCAGGUUGCUAUCAUGUGGUUCUCGGUCAAUUUGGCCGCGAACAACAUCACCCUGGGCAUGCUGGGUCCGGCCAUCUUCUCGCUCGGAUUCCUCGAUGCGUGUAUGACGAGCGUGUUUGGCGCUGUCGUAGGUUCACUGGUCGUCGCGUAUGUUGCGACAUUUGGGCCAAAGAGCGGUAACAGGACCAUGAUAUUCUCAAGGUAUAUUAUGGGCUGGUGGCCUUCGAAGAUUGUCGUCAUCCUCAACAUCGUUGUGCUUCUGGGCUACGGCAUGAUCGAUUGCGUGGUUGCUGGCCAGAUCCUGUCCGCUGUUGCAGACGGCUCCAUGUCGCUUGUUGUGGGCAUCAUCGUUGUUGCGAUCAUUGCUUGGCUCAUCACGACCUUCGGAUAUCAAAUCUUCCAUUACUACGAGCGAUGGGCGUGGCUACCUCAGAUUAUCGUUCUGUGCAUCCUGGCAGGCGUUGCGGGGCCGCACUUCAACGUGUCGGCCGAGUCCCAUGGCGACGAGGACUCACGAACUAUCAUUGGCAACAGGAUCAGCUUCUUCGGCCUGUCGCUUGCUGCAGCUAUAACUUACGGUGGUGGAGCUGCCGACUACUUCGUCUACUACCCGGAACAUGCAUCUGCAUGGAAUAUCUUCGGGAUGACUUUGGCCGGCUUGGUAUGCAGCUUCACUUUCGCUUUUGUGCUGGGCAUUGGUCUCGCAUGCGGUAUGGUCAUGAGGCCUGACUGGGAAGCUGCAUACGGCGUCUCUCAAGGUGCGCUCAUUGUGGAAGCGUACAAGCCCCUCGGCUCGUUCGGAUCUUUCUGUGGUGUCGUAGUUGCUCUAGGCCUGGUCGCAAACCUCAUCGUCCCCACUUACUCGUCUGGUAUCGAUGCACAGAUCCUAGGCCGCUAUGCUGAGGCUGUGCCUCGCGUCAUCUGGAACACUGUCGGCGUUGUCAUCUAUACGAUUUGCGCGCUUGCAGGCCGUGCGUAUCUUGCCGAAAUCUUCACCAACUUUCUUGCGCUCAUGGGCUACUGGGUUUCGAUCUGGAUCGCCAUCACCUUGGAAGAGCAUCUCAUCUUCCGUCGUAAGACAAAGUUCAAUUGGGCGAUCUGGAAUCAGAAACAGAAGCUUCCGCUCGGCAUUGCGGCAUUCGUUGCAUUUGUGAUCGGCUGGAUUGGGGCAAUCCUAAGUAUGGCGCAAGUCUGGUACCACGGACCCAUUGCGAAGCAGGUUGGCACAUAUGGCGCUGAUAUGGGAAACUACGUUGGCUUUUCAUGGGCGGCAGCCGUGUAUCCACCACUCAGGAUGUUUCACGAGCUUGAAGCGGUCUCCGUCGUCAUUGCUGCUAUGCCUAGCUACGCCGAAGCCGACCUGCUUGGUUUGGCGGAGUCGCCGGAGAGCGCAAAGCCAGAUGUGCUCUCUCAAGUCAGCUUUGGCUCUGCAAGAAAAAAGCCGACGCUGAAGAACUCUCUCAAUGGGGUUCACCACGACAGUUUCUCCGACCUUGUGGGCGCCAUGAAGGCGAAAAAGCCAUACGCCUGGACUCCCUUACCUAUGACAAGACCGUCCUUGAUUGAUUCUACCAAUGGCCAACAGCUUGCGUCGCGCGAUCGCAACACGAGCGGUCGGACCAUCCUCUCGCCGACAGCGAAGACUUUCGUUUCGCCGUUUACGGUAGCGGAAUAUCUCGAACAGCAAGAGAGCGCACCUUUCUCGCCCCACACUUCUGGACCCCAGGAAUCCGUCCACAUGGGCUUGGGCACGAGGUUAGCUGCAUUGACCCACGAGCUCAAUGACUUCUCUUUUGGCGAGGCUAGGCGUCAGCCGCAAAAUCUCUCUCCUCCAGCGGCCCCAACAUUCCAAUCCUCACAGCCUCAGAGAUUCGGUCCCAUCGAUCCACCAACUCCGGUUGAGUCUGUCCGUCAAGAUUCCAUUGUAUCAGUAUACCCACAUCCCAUCGAGGCUGCUCGGCCUUCAGUAUCAACCUACGACCGUGCGUCAGAGCCCACUGUACGUGUAACCAAGCUGGGCUGGACAUCGGUGCUCGACGAGCUGGAGUUGGUGAAGAGGCAGAAACAAGAAGUCGAGCAACAGCUCGCUACUGCUCAAAGGGAACACCUCGCGCACCUUGACGAAGACCACGAUAAUGGCGCACAGCUUGGCAAACUUAGAUACCAGAACGAAGUCAAUCGCGACCAGAAGGCGGCUAUGAGCAGGGAGAUUGCCCAGAGAGACGUGAAAAUCAAGGAACAGCAACUCGAUGUUGACAACCUGGACAAGAAGGUCACUGAGAUCAAGGACGAGCUUGAACGAUGCUCAAGAGUCAAGGGAGAAGUAGAGACUUUGCGCAAAGCCCACCACCUCAAAGCGGAGCAAUCAGUCGAACGCGCACGCAAGAUGGAGGCUGCUAUGGAACAACUCCGACUUGAGCGAGAUGCAGCUGUUCGUGCUAACGCUUACGCUGGAGAUCACGCUACGCGUGCGCAGGACCUAGUGGAGACUCUCACUAAGCGCGAGAAGAUGGUCACUGAUCUGCGCCAGAAGUUGCUUGCAGAGCAACUGCGCGUCACGGAUUUCGAGGAUGAAGUCGAACGGCUCCAAGAGUUGUGCAACCAGGAGAACCUAGACCAAGUCAAAGAGAAACUACUCGAAAAGACCAAGGACUGCGAUCGCUUCCGCACUCAGCUCAAGCUGGUAGAGCACCAUCUGAAGCUCAGCCAGUCGCGUCUGAUGACUGCCACCAAUAACGGCGCACUCCUCCGCGGAGCAGCACACAUUGUUGCACCUAACGAGAACUGCAAGCUUCCCAAAAAGGUCAUGCCAUGCUCGGAGUGCUACGCCCUCAACUUACCUUGCGACAGUGGCUCACGCUGCCGCAACUGCAUCGAAAGUAACAAGAAGUGUGCCCGGUGGAGGUGCUCGCUGAAGCAUAAGCUUGGAGUGUGCGAACGUGCUCCUUGCGCACCCCCGCACGAUCCAGAUGGUUGGUUGGUGACUGAGCCAAGGCCAGAGUGGUAG